AUGAGCCAAUUAAACCCUGCACCAGAACUCCAUAUUAUUCAAUUAAAAGAAAUCACGCCACCAAUCACAUUUGUUAGGCCACCAUUUGUGAAAUCAAACGAACCAAAGCCAAUUCCAAUCGCUCAUCAGUCAAGUGCAUCAUCAUCAUCAUCAUCAUCAUUAUCAUCAUCAGUAGCAACAGCAGCAUCAUCAUCAGUAGCAACAGCAGCAUCAUCAUCAUCAACGACAAUGAAACCUGUACCAAGUGCUUCCAGUAAAAUCUUAUCGAAAACAAAAGGUACGAAUGAUUUUACAAUUCUAAUUAUCAUAUCUUUAUCUAUUCAUUCUUUUAUCAACUGA